AUGACAACAGCUUUGAACUCUGAUCGAAUUUUUCGGGAUUAUUCGAUGAAAACUGGAUCAAACACGCGGCCAAUCAAUAAUUCAAGUACAACAACAUUUGGCAAUAACAAUUCAUUGACUACUUUACCAAGUUCUGCAGCAUCAAGAAUAGAUUUCAAAUCACAACCGAAAGCAUCAACACAAUUAUCAGAGUUGAAAAAUACAGCAUCGAACCAACAAGAACCAUCAUUGAGUGAUAUAAAUUUUAGACUACUACAGACAAAACUAGCCAUAAAUGAAGAGAAAUAUAAAUCUAGUAUAGCCAAAGAUAAGAUACAAAAGAAUGAUCGUCCAUUAUAUUAUCAACCACCUAGUUCUAGUGAUAAGGAUAUAUAUAAUGAAAUUAAAGAUUGUCUUCCUCCAAACGUCAAUAUUAGUGAAAAUUUGAAAUCACCGUCAAAGACCAAAUACAACAUUCCAAAAUUAUACAAUUAUGAAACUACUGUGAAAACCCAUGAUUAUAAAGAUGUCAUAGACAGCAUCAAAAAUGAAUUUGCCAAUGAAGAUUUAAUUGAUUUCAAUCCUGAAUAUGAUAAUCCCACGGGAAUUUGGGAAAGCCCAAUCGUUAAAGAAGCAAUUGCCAGACAAAUCGAUCUUGAAUAUUAUAUGAAAGUUUUCAUUCGAAAUAUACUAUAUUUGUUGAUUAUUUUAUUAUUCAGGUCUUUAUUUAAGAAAGGUAUUAUUCUUUAUGAGUUGCAUCUAAAAGCUCAGCCUUUGUAUAUCCAAAUGAUAAAGACUGGUAUAGAUAAGAAGAUUGAAGAUGGCAGUCUAAUUGAUAGUUUUUAUUUUAUACUAGUCAGUAGAUUAAUAUGUCUACCAUCUAUAAUCAACAUAUUAUUUUCAUUUUUCAAAUUGAUGAAAGGACAGGAUCAGUGUUGGGAUUUACCAUUGAGCACAAAGCAAAGGAAAUUAUUAGGUUUAAAUUAUAAAAACAAGUAUGAUGGUUCAAUUGACAUAGAUGAAGAUGCUGAAUUAACUUUAAAACAAAGAAGAUAUGAUACUGAUCAUGUUAUCCCGUACAAACCUAUCCCAAAAUAUGUAAAAAAUAAUGAAUCGACAAAACAUGGCAACAGAAUUCCUUUAAUUAACGAAAAUCAACAAUCCUUAUAUUCAACUCGAAAACUGAUGUCAGAUUUAACUUCUGGUAUUUCAAUCUCAAAUAAUCAAAUUUUGCAAAAAAGAGGACCUUUACAAAACAGUUUGGAUAAAGUCACAUCUAUAUCUACUUCAUCUAAACAAUCUAAUCAUCUAGAAAAAAAGGCAAGAGCUCAAGCUAAUUUUACUAAAAAUUACAACUUAAAAUUUUAA